AUGGCCCCUGGUGGGGAAUUUCGGGCUGCUGCUGCCGAGGCCUCGAAAUUACCACACUGUCACCUGGUUCUGGCCGAUCGCCCUAUUUCCGUGACACUACAACGCGCCUUCAAUUCUCUGGGCCCAUGGACAAAACUGAAACUUAUUUACGCCUUACUGUUUAGUUUAGAACCCAUCACCAAAGAACAAGUUGAAGAGAUGAAGAAAAGCGAUUUUCUUGAGAAGACGCUGAUGGAAAUGGCUGGUGAUCAUCCGGAAUUAACCCGAGUGUUGUUGGAUGAAAGAGACAUGUUUUUGGCGAAGUCAAUCUGGUCCACGACUGGUAUGAGUGACUAUAAAGCCGCGAUCAAAUCAACGGACGGCGAGGUCAUUCAUCCCGCUAAUCACCUCAUUGAGGAGCCCAGUUCUACUCGUUUUCGCGUACCUUUUGGAGACAGAAAAGACAAUUCCACUCAUUCCCCCACGCGGUCUCCCGAUGCCCGCACCAAAUCUGAUUCUUGUGAUGGGAUAGUGAGCAAUAUGCAAUCCUGUUGCCCUUAUUGGCCAUGCCCAUCUGUUCUUCCUCGGGUCGUGGUUGCAAUUGUCGGGAUCGGACACGUAGCCGGGAUUAAACGAUAUUGGGACAUUGCAGGGACCAUUGAUCAAGCACAAUUGAUGACAGUUAUUCAACCGCCCCUAUCUUGGAGAGUUUUCAAAUGGAGUCUUCGUGUCCUCUUCGUUUCCACUUUGGCUGCUGCUGCAUACGGGUGUAUUCGCGGCGCGUAUAAAUUAUCCACUUCUGUAUUUCACAUUCGAACAUAG